AUGCCAACAGGAUUAGUUGAGUUUCGCCUUCCUAGCCAUAUCGCCGAAAGAAAAGCCAGAGAAAGCUUGCCAGAAUUAGAUAUGGACCUCUCGUGCUCAAUUAAUACCCAAAACUCAUCGGUAUCUGAGCUACCAUCACCAGUAACACCAACUUUCUCAACCCGAGGCCAUAUGAGGCACCCAAGCUCAGCUUCUUCGAUUGAAUCGCAAUAUCUCUAUGAAAGUCCUUCCUCUCCGAUAUUCACAAGCAACAAAUCCGGCAAACGAUCACUACCUGAUGUCCAAGAAGAACCUCGUUCUGAGAGGGAGAACGACUUUAUGUUCGAAGAAUAUGACGACGAUGUUCCGGAUUGCGAUGAACUUUACAAUUGUUUAUGCGAUGAUCUGUAUUGCUUGCAUAGAGAUACAUCUUCUACGGUCCAAAGCUCAGUUCAAUUAUCUACAAAUCAAGACCUUGAUUAUGAUCUUUCCGACGGAUUCUUUAGUGAUGGGGAAUUUUCAUCAUUAAAUUCAAGAUAUAAGAAGAGAAGAGGAAACGAAUCGCCAUUAAAUGGACUCACAUCUCGAUUCGGUACCAAGUUCCCUUCCUUCGCACGCAAAUGGAGUUCCCGGAAAGGCACGGGUUCGUCAGCAGCAUCUAUAUCAUCUGAUACACAACGAGAUUAUGCAAAUUCAAGAGCCCCUUCUAGUAGAUCAUCAUCAAGAUCAAAUUCGGGUCGUAGACAUCUGGACGAUAGUUCCGACCUUCACUUACCGCCUACUCCAACCGGGAGUGUCUUCGGAGGCCGCGAUAAUAGCUCGACGACAUCCUUCCUCGACAUCGAAAAGGCAAAAAGUAGUACCUCGGAAUUCGAAGAAGGAUUGGCCGGCACGCCGCUGCUUCCACCUCUCAUGAGCGAUGCCUCAAUUAAUGCGCAAUUUAAAAUGCAAUCGCCAUUACAAUCACCAUCUGUCGCGGACGCGAGUGAUCCAUUGUUUGGCACCAGCGCACCCAUGGAUUUCAUAACUACAUACCAAUUACCCGGAAUGCCAUCCCCGCCACUCAGUACUAAGCCCUCCAUUUCAUCUUUUCAUCGAUCGACAAUAAGAUCAAAUUACAUAGCCCCUUCUGAGAUUCCAGCCAUUCUCAUCGCCGAGGAAAAUGAUGAGUGGGCGAAUAAGCUUGGGCAUGCUAAUUUCGUCAUUCAUCCCGAGCCUUACGUCCCUGAGAAUUUCGACCUCGAAGCUUGUCGACAACUUCGAGCUGAUUGGGAUCUCGCGCGUUGCAACUAUACCAAACAUGUUGUGCGCACAGGUGAACACUAUGGAGUUACUUCAAAAACUUAUAAAUUGACUGAGGAAAAAUGGGCUCAAAUAGAUCUCAAGUGGAUGAAAAAUAAUGAACUCACAAUUGCGACUACAGCUCAGAGCUCCACAGACGCAUUCGCAACUCUAAAACAUAAUACACUUGGCAAUGGUUCUUCUAGCAACGUAAUGACCAAGAUUCCGUCGCUAAAUGACCCCCGCAGCGAAGGAAAAUUUCCUCAGCUUGGAGAUGAAGACAUCGUGGGACCAAUGGUUCAAGCAGCCGCGCAACUUCGGCGAAAUCCCAGCAAGAAAGCCAAGCUUUUCCGAUUCCUAACAGAAAAGUUCCCUGUAGGAUUAGGGAAACCUUGA